AUGGUCGUGGAGUCACAGCAACCCGAUAUGUUUGCCGCUGUGUCGAUAACACUCAUCGCGGCGGCGGUUGCAAUAACGUUGCGGUUCGCGGCUAGGAGGAUGACGAAAGUCCCUAUAUGGUGGGACGAUUUCAUGUGUAUUGGCUCAUUUGUGUUCGGUGCGGGAUGGAGCGCACUUCUCAUAUUGUGGUCAUACUAUGGGUUUGGCCUGCAGCUCAAGGAUAUCGAACUUACACCGAAAGAGUCACUAACCAAGAGCCUGUUAUUUUGUUAUCUUGCCGAAAUAUUCUAUGCACUUUCUCUUGCAUGCGCCAAAUUUGCUGUUCUUGCCUUCUAUUGGAGGAUGUUCCGAACCUCGAACAUCAAAAUCCCUAUUAUUGCGCUAGUCGUUGCGACCACCAUAUGGUUCAUAUUGAGAACAUUUCUUGCGAUAUUUCACUGUGUACCCGUACAGGCCUUCUGGGACCGCGAAAUACCAAACGCGACAUGUCAGAUUGACGAUUCGAAGUUCUUCUUCGGUACCGUUCUAGUUCACCUGAUCAUCGACCUUUUUAUCCUGAGUUUACCUGUCUAUCAGGUUAGAAAAUUACAAUUGAAAACAGCGCAAAAAGUUGGAGUGAUAGCCUUGUUCAUGUUUGGAACAUUGGUAUGCAUCGCAUCGGUGAUCGUGUUGGUAUACUCCAUUUCGUACGACACGAACUCGCCGGAAAUAUCUUGGAAUGUUGCACCUAUCAUGAUUUGGGCUACUGUCGAAGUCAAUCUUGCAGUUAUAUCAGCCUGCCUUCCGAUGCUUCGCCCGAUAUUCCUGAAGGUAUUUAAACGCAUAUUCCCCAACGCGUCGACAGAAUCCAGCAACGAGCAGAAUAAUCCGAGAAAUUUGAAGUCGCUCAUCAAGAUGUCGGCGAUGAAAUCGAAGACGCGGAGUAUAGAUGAUUCAGAUUCAGUACAUCAACUCACCCGCCCAGACAAUGACGACUGUAUGUCAGAUAACGGCGAUGAAGAACAACAUAUUUAUGGUACAGGGUUGGCCAAGGUUGUAAUCACAGGGAAUGGAGCUCGUUCUGAUCUUGAGCGUGAGAUUUCGCUUGCGCCAGCAAUGGGCGGUAUCUUCGUCAGAAGUGAAACGAUUGUUCAGGUUUCGCAAGCUAAUUAG